AUGUUUCCUACUAUUGACGAAAAUCAAUCAUUACAGCAAUUAGUUAUUCAAUGUAAAGAUAUCUAUGGGAAUGAUGAGGAGACAAUUAUUAAGGAAAGUAAGAGAGCAUUAAUUAGAGUUGCCACAUUCUAAGGUAUCAUAAGAUCAAAGCUAACCUAAGUAUCUGACAGAGAGGACUGGUAUCGGGAAUACAUUGAUUAGAAUCAUCAUUAUAACAUGCAAAGCCUGAUUGAAUACUAUUAAGGAAUUUGGAUGAGAGAGAAAUGUUUUGAAAAGAUCAGAGGAUUCAACCUAAUAAUCUACACAUUCUCAACUUAAUUUGACAUAGAGUUACUAAGCAAAGUAGUUUCGAUUGAAGAAAAGAUUGUACUAAGCAGUAUUCACAAGAAAAAAUAAUUUUCACUAUUAGUUGAGAAUUUCUUCUCAAUUGAAAACAACAAGGAAUUGCUGUUGAUAUUUGCUGAUUAGUUGAACGACUCCAAGAAUAUCAUCAAUCUUUGUAGAAGUAAAAUCAAUAAUUAGAGAACAAAGAGACUUCUUGAGAUAGAGAAGAAUCCUAAUUAUGCUGAUGCACCUGCAAAACAUGUUUGUCUUAUCAUAAAACUUGAUCAAACGAAGGAGGACAAUGACUACAACAUAAGUUUUGGUAAAGACUGGAGGCAAUAUACAGUAGACUUGUUAAACGGUAAAGGGCAGAGUGACAUUGAUCUUUAAGAUCUGAUGAACAAAGAUCUAGACUCCCUCUUAAGUAUUGUAGCAACAUAAAGCGAGUCAAAAUAAGAUGUAAAUGGAGGUGCAGUGUCCACUCAUAACAAAGAUUAGAUAUUUGAGUAGAGUUUGGUUGAAGCUAUAUCAAAGAUCUACUAUAAGAAAAAUAGAGAUAUCAUCUAGAAGAGAAUAUCUAGAAUACAAGAAAUAUUCAGCAGUGAGAAGAACAAUUCGUUCUUAAAGAAGCUAAUUCUAAUGAAAUUUAGCAAGAAUGAAAAGUAUGAGCAGAUGAAAGCAUCCUGGAAAGAUGACAUAGUUACAAAUGAUUUCCUUAUGAGAAGCAAUUUGACUUUUCACAGUGCUGCUAUUGAGUAUUUGAAGAGCGAACUUGUAAGACAUUUAGCUUUUAUCAUAUUCUAUUUGGAAUAAGAUGGUAUAAUUACUGCUUUUGACAAUCCUCUUCUAUUUGAAAUGGCCAAGGGGUACUUUAAUAAUCUAUUUACGAAUAACUACAUCAACCAAAGAAUUCAAGAUAUGUAUUACUUAACAGAGAAUUUCGACAGAAUAAAGUUCCCACUUGCGAGAGUCAUUCAUAAGUAAUUCUAACAGCUUAAGAUCUAAUUUAUGAAGAAUGAUAAGAGACAAGAUGAAAAAAAGAUGAUACAAAAGAGUAUUAAAAUGUUCGAGAGAGAAGAUGAAUUUUUGGACUUAAGCAUGAUUGAGCUUAAUUAAAUGGAUAGAUUCCUAAGUAGCAGGCACAAAAAGCAAGAAAGAGAGCAGCAAUCUAGGUAUAGGUUAAUUCUAAGCAAGGAUCAGCAUCUUGCAAAGAACAUAGUUGACCUUGAUGAAUGGUGCAAGAUUUACUUCCCUAAGGAGUAUAUUGAUCAAAAUAUGUUGACUGAGGAUAACAUUCAGUAUCUUGAGGAUUUUUCAUAUUUACUUAACAACCAAGACUCAAUUAAAAGUGAUACUUAGAUUGUAGGCCAGACCGAUUAUAUUGAAGAGUACAAGAGAUACAUAAAGACAUCUCUAACUCUCUUUUUGAAGGACAGGAUCUAGAAUGAUAAGCAACUUUCAAAGUCUCAGAUUUACGGCAUCUAUUGGAAGUACGAAAACCUUCUCUUCAAUGUUUGGAAAAUUAUCAAGGAAAAUGCUAAGAUCAUGUCAUUAGAUAAAAUUGGUUCUAAACUUGAUGAGGAAAUGAGAAGAAGUGAAUACUUCAGAAGUCCUGAUAUUAAGUACUUCCCUAAGGAGACUUUUGUUUAAUCCAUUAUCAAGGUGUUCUAUGAUAUUUACUAUCCUACUGAGAACCCUCAAUUCAAAAUGAAAUACUGGGAGUAGAGUGUUAAGCAGACAUUCUAGAGAUUAAAUGAUUUGUCAUUCUAUUAUUAGGGAGUGACGCAGACAUUCGAGUCAAGAGUCAUUAUAUUCCUAUUGAAAUUCCACAAAUAAAUUAUUGAUUAUUUGAAACCUAGUGACGCUGUUAAUGUUUUUGCAGAAUUCGCUCAUGAUAUUAGAAAUAUUUUCAAUAAACCAGACUAGAUUUUCACCUAUUUAUAGGGAUAGAUGGAUAGAUAUUGGUUAUAAAAUCACGAUAUUGAACUAAGAUACUUGAUAUAUCAAUUUGCUAUUGAAUACAUUAUUGACUCAUUCCAAAUUAAUGACACCAUUAAUCUUAAUUUCUUACUUAAUAAAGUUAUAAUAUUCCUGAUAGACCCUCAGGGUAAACUUAAUCACAUUCAGGAGAAAGACUAUUUUAAGUUUAAUCUCUAUAACUUAGUGAAAAUGGUUAUCAAAAUUAUUGAAAAUUUAGAAUCAAACACAUUCUAGAAGAUAGUUUACUUUGAUUAAGAGAAAUUUGAGUAAAACUUAAAUGAUAAAAAACUAGAAAAUAUCAAGAUCCUCCAUGCCUUCUUAAAUAAAGUGGUCUCUUAAUAAAAUGGGGAUUUUAUUAGAUUUAGUGACCCAUUUGUAGUGGCGCUGGUUGACAUGAUUGAAGAUACUAUCAUACUAGAUCCAUUUGAGGAAAAUGACUCUAUAGCUAUUGAAUAAAUAAUGGAAUAAGCAAGAUAGAUUUUAAUGAACUAAAAGUUGAUGACGCCUCUGCAGAUCUAUGUGGCAGUAGCAUGCUUUAAGAAAAUAACAAAGAUAUAUGUGGAGGAGAUCUCUUUUUACAAAGAUGGGGAAGAGUCAAGUGCUGAAGAAAUGGCCUAAGUCUUUAGGACAUUUUUCUUGUGUGACUCAGAUCUCCAGAGAACAGCUUUGAAGCCAUUUGGAAUUUAUGUAAUGAAGCAGAUCUAUAAAAAGUACGAUUUUGAGAGGAAAGACAGGGAGUCAAUUCUACUUCUAAAUGAAUGGUUCAAGGAAUUUGCUGACAUAUAAUAAGACUAAGAGAUUAUUAAGUUCUCCAUAAUCAAUUAGCCAGAAUCCAAGAUAUUUAAAGAGCAACUUAAUAAUAUUACCAACCUUACUUCAUAUAAUAGAUCUACUGAAGCUCCUUAAAGAUUCUAUUAAAUAUUGGCGGUUAUUGAUCACUAUUAUCUAAGCAGAAGAGAUGCUGAAGUAUCUUAGACCUAAUUUGAAUAGAUAAAAGGAGGAGGUCAAUUAUUCUAAGAUCCAAACUUUAAAGAAUUCAUUAGAACUUUUGUUGAUCAUGACUUUGUCAAACUUUCGAGAAAUAAGUUUGUUAGAAUAGAUGGAAUGCCUAAUGAAAAAUUCCACUUUAAGUUGACUUGGAUGAUGAUUGGUGCAGCUGCCUUCGCCAAUCCAAAUACUUUCCUUUCGCAUUUUUACUUGAAGCCAUUGAUUAUUAAGGACAACUAUGUGCCAUUUGUGUAGAAUUUCUAAGGAGAUUCAGAGUAUCACAAAAUGUUCAAGAAUAAUGAGAACUUAUCUAGCUUAAAAUGCAUGAAAUGUGGUCAGAUUACAUUGAGAAUUGAGCUUUCAAAUGAAAAGCAUCCCAAAUCAAAGUUCUUUCAGCACGGUGAGAGGAAAUGUAAAAACACAGAUACCAAGUGGAGUGACAAGGCAUGUGAAGGAACACUUUAAGAUCAUGAUCAGCUAGAUAUGAAUAAAUUGAUUAAAAAUACUAAUGAGCUUGGAAAGCCUUCAUAUAUUGCCUUUGACUUGGAGAAUUAUGAAAACAUUAAGGUUAGAAAUCUCAAGAAUUCGCACUUAGCUGUCGGAAGAAUAAUCUUGCACAGUGUGUUUAUGCUUAGUUUGGCAUUUACUUAAUACGAUAAUGAGAUAAUGGGAAUAUUGCUGAUUGACUACCUUUUCUCUGGGUAAACCUAUGACACCUAUCUGCAAAGGACUCUUAAAUAUCUCUCACAAUGCCUUAACAAAGAUUGGGAAUUUUUGAGAAAUACUUAUUUCAUUAAUGAUGAGAAAGUUGCAGAGCUUAUUCACUACGUCAUUCUAGGGAUCGUUAAAAACCAGAAUAGUGCUUUUAAUAUUGAACUCUUGAAAGAUCUUAAAGGGAGAGAAUAACUUGAACAAAGCUUUAAGAGUCUCUGUGACUAAGUAUUCAAUGAUAUUUCUAAAUUCUUCGAAAUUCAGAUUGGCUGUAGGACUGAGAUGCAGAAAUAUAUGCAGGAAUUUAACUAGGUGGGAGCUAAUGAUUACUAUUAGCUUCUUAGGAAUACAAACAUCAUCAACAUUAGUUAAUUUGAGCAGCACAUUAAGGAUGAUCCUAAGGACUCAAACGAUAAGAAGGAGUACUCAGAUUUCUUUAGAAUCAUAUUUGAGCAGAAAGAAUCUCUAAGAAGUAUUAGAAAUUUGAAGCCAUUGGUUCAAUGGGCUAGAUACAUUUUUGACAAGUGGAACACUUAACUUACCUAUGAUGAAGCUAAUGAGAUGACUCUGAUAGAAACCAUACAGAGAGACUUCAAUCAAAAUCAAAGCAGCAAGGACUAUUAAAAGAGAAUUGAAAAGGACUAUAAGAAAUUCAAGAAUGCUUGGAAUAGCUUUGCUGGACUUAUCAUUAGAGACUAUCAGAAAGAUAAAGGAGUAGAAGUUGUUAUUCCCAAAAUCAAUGACCAGUCAAAACUAAUCUUAUGCUGCUUGACUAAGGAUAAAAUUGAUUAGCCAGGACAUAUCUUCUAUAUUUUGCUUAAAUACUUAGCUAUUAAGUAGAAUAAUGUCCUAGAUUAAGCUGAGAAGCUUUUCAACGAAAAUAAUAUCAAUUCAAUUAAGUUUCCAAGAAUAUAGUUACUUAAUCUCAGAAAAGAACAAAUUAUUUACUUCAGAGAAAAGUAAGAGCCUAAAUCUAACAGAGGAAAAUUAGGUUUAUCGCAAAAAGAAGAGUCAAAGGAACAAUUUGUACUUGUAAAUAAACAAGAUUCAGAAAGCAAUAUAGAAAGUAGUUUAGCCAAUAUGAUUCCUAAUCAAAAGGAAGAGGAGAGAAAGUUUGAGGAGGAAAAAUUCGAACAAAUCAUAAUUAAGAAUAGUGCCUGUAGUCUGAAAUAUAGACAAGGUAUGCAAGUGGAGUAUAACAUUCAAAUGAUUAAAAACUCAACUAUUGAGGAUCUCUUUAAGGGCAAGCACGUUAUUGAUUUGGAAGAACAGACUUAGAAGCUAAACUUUCAGUAUGUAAAUCUGGGUAAUCUGUAUUCAUAGAUCUCCGAGAUAUACGAAACAAUUCCUUAGUAAAAAUGCUCUUACUCCAGGCAUAUCUCCUCAAAUAUAAAAUCAGACUACUAGGUUUAUGAAAUCUACCAGGAAUUUAAGACUGCAUUAAAUUAUCUGUAUUAAUGUGCUGAAUCCCCAACAAUGAAUCUAGGCAUAUACUUCUAGGAGUACAGAUUAGACAAAUUAGCUUAGGGUCUUAAUGACGAAUACUUGCUGCAAGAAAUAUAAAUAUCUCAUCUAAUUAGUGUGUACGAAUCAUUGGAGAAGAGAUUGAUUGAUCUGCUAAUUUCUAAUGUUAAUGAGAGAUUUAAGGUUCCUAUAAGUCAGAAUGAUUAAACAGUGAUUGAAUAUAUACUAAGUGAAGAGCCAGCACUAAUUAAAAAUUUUUAUUUCUGCUUAAGCAGGCUCUGCAUUAGGCUAUUGUCUACAAGUAAAUUCCAUGAUGAUUCCCAAAUGUCCUUAUUUGACUUUGUCCUUUAAUUGCAGAAUAAGUAGUUAUUUGGGGUUGGAAAAAAUGUGGAUUAUGAGUUAUGGGGGAUUAUAUUUUCUUAGUCGAAGGUAAAGAUUGAAAACGCAUUUGCUAUUUAUGAUAUCUUUAAAAAGAAGUAUAAUGAAAAUGAAAAUAAGAAGUAGGAGGUAAUUGAUGAAAAGGAAUAAAGCAUGGCAAGUCUUGAGGCAUCUGAUCCCUAUGUGUUUGAAAGUGAUAGCAAAAGUAAAGAAGAAUAAUCAUCUGAAAAUAAAAAUAGCCUUUAUGGUAGAAAUACAAUAUUUGACGAAAAUCUCAGUUUAAUCACAGACAAUCACCAGACAAUUAGAAUGAGUCGCCCAUCGAUUUUUAGUAAGUAAAAUUUGCAAAAACUACUUGGCAACUCAAUCAAACCAAGUGACUCAGAUAGAAUAUUUAGCGACUUCUUAAUUAUCUCAGCUGAUAUAUCAACAAUUGACAUCGAUGAGCUAACUAAAGAUAAUAGUAGUUAGUUAGAAUCUAAAAUUUAAUACUUAUUCACUGAUCCAUCUCUCAAGAAAAUAGAUUAAAAACGACAGUAAAUAAAGGGAUUUUGCUUUCCUUGUGGGGUCUUUGUUAGGAUUAUGCAAGAUCAUAAACUCUAGGACUAUUUUUAAAAUUAGGAUAUUAAUCCGUCUAAGAAAAAUACAUUUGUCUUUACAAUCCCACUUUAAGAAGAAGAUGGGUACGAUUUAAAUAAAUACAAGUGCCUAUAUGUCUUGGGAGUUAUUAAAAAAGAACUGGUUGAAUAUUAGUUGGGAAAGAAAAGACACAUGCUACUAGUUGAAAAGGCAUACUGUAUAUUAUCGCUCUAUAAUUACUAUGAUCUCCAUAUGCAAAUUCUAGGUUCAGUAUUCAGUUUGUUUAAGAAUGAGAGGAUAAAAUUAGAAUCAUAAUUUAGAAAAUAAAUCUUUUCAGACAUUGACCUGCAAAAGGAAGUAGCUUUUAAAAUGCCUAUCAUAACUAAAGAUAUUGAAAAAUUGCUUAAAAAUUAUAAUGAAAUGAGUUCAGGGGUACAAACUUUGAAAAUGUAAAUGGCUGAUCAAAAUCUGAAUUUGAACUUUGACAUUGCUUAACAACAUAGAUUAUUUUAAAUAAAUGAACUAAACUGGUAUGGACCUCAGCUACUUCCAAUGAUGAAAGCCCGUGACUUCAUGAGAAUUGUCUCUGCAUUGCUUCUGGAGACAUCUAUUAUUUUUAUAUCAGACAACUUACCCACACUUUCAGCUGAAGUUAUAGGAAUUUAAACCUUCUUAGAGCCAUUUGAAUGGUGUCACACAUCAAUUCCAGUACUUCCAUAGGAUCUAUUAGAGAUAACAGGUGCUCCAACCCCAUUUAUUGUGGGCAUUCUUAGAUCACAAUAGUAAUUGAUUGAGUGGUCUGAGAUUACUAACUAGUGCUUGCUUGUUGAUUUCAAAGAUGAUAUGAAUAAAGUUGAAAUUACUGAAAGUGGCGGUAAUUUUAUUAAUCCUUGCUUUCAUUCUCUUGUUGACUAUCUUACGCCAUACUUUGAUUAAAUCAAUAAUCGGGAUUAUUCUGAGCCUCUAGAGGUAGAGGUCAUUAGUAAGAAAAUAAACAGAAUAGCAAUUCAAUUGAAAUUUUCUCUUAAGGUUUUCAUAAUUAAUCUAUUGCCCAUAGAUGUCUUGAGUUAGAAAGUAAAGCUUGCAUCUGUUGAAGAUGCUAAAUAACUAAUCAUAUAAAAAUGUGAUCAAAAUGACAGAGAGUUCUUAUAGCAGUUAGUUGAGACUCAAAUGUUCACUUAUUUCGCUGAUGGAAAAUAUACUCUCAAAUAAGAUUAUUGA